AGCCGUUCUCAAGGCAUAGUCUGUCUACUUCAUCGAGCUUUAUAAACAUUGAGCCUUGCAUCAUCAUACACAACCCGCCACUACCAGCUUAGCGUCGUGGGGCCGCUCCGUGGUGGGGAUUUUUGCUGCCGGGCAGAGGCAAAGAAAAUGCCAAAAGCCCGCAUCUCGGUCUCCGAGAUUCUUGGACCUUUGCUGCCACUAUUACUACUGACCCGUUCCGAUUCGCCAUCUUUUGAUUAUCCCUGCAUUGCCAAUGGAGAGCGUCGGGCUUAGUGCUAUCACCACUGCGAGCCCGUCGUGACUUGUACAUGCCGAUUGCCGCCUUGUUAGAAUCUUUUUUUUUUUCUUCUUCUUUUCUAGCUCUAUCAUAGCAUAAACAUGUCGAGCGUUGGCAUCCGUCUCUGCCACUUCUCGCCAGUAUGUCGUUGCGGAUACCUCUCCACCCGCCGCUGAGGCUGCUGCCAUCGUCGCCUUACCAGAUCCAGUUCCAAAUUCCUAGAGCUUGGCUGUCUCCCCGUCCCAGCCCCGUCCCAGCAGCGACAAUCGCAGCAAGACGAGGCAUCGCCUCAAGGGCUGCGCGACCGCCGCAACCGCCUCCGUUUCCCGUCGUGCCCUCCUGUCCGUCGCCGACAUGCGGAUGCGCCGACACGCCGGCCAUGCCAGACGGGCUGGAGAUUGACCACCAGAACCCGCUGAAUGGUGUCAUGGCCGGAUAUGCAGAGCAUGUUGUGGUGUGUACGGGCAAGGACGACUGGCUGUCCAAGAUUGAGGACGAGAACAGCGGUGACAAUCUGGCAGCGGACCUGAAGGAGCUUUUUGGACGAGGGGGGAAGUAUACGGAUCCGUUUCAUCACAUUUCCGUGAUCAACUCUUCGUUUCCGAGCUCGGUGCCUCCCAGAAAGGCAGUCCAGUCAACGUCCGCCUACCUGCUACCGUCUUUCAAAUACGUCCCUUUCCUACCGCGCGUGUCAUUCGACAGCGUCAAGGCCCUCGCCAAGGGCUUCCUACUGCCGGAAAAGCUGCACCGCGCCCACGACGGACUAUCGCCCGCACACCGCGAUCGGCUGACUCGCAAGGAGGCAUUCCAGGGCCUUCUGCCUGGCGUGCAGGACGUGCAGGACGUGCUGGUGCUGAUAUGCGGGCAUGGAGGACGGGAUUUACGAUGCGGCGCGAUGGGUCCUGUCUUGAGGACGGAGUUUGAAGAGAAGCUUGAGAUGGCAGGGUUCAACGUUGCCAAGGACGCGGUUCAGAUUGGGAGCCUGGAUGGCGAGGAGACGAAGAGGAUCGAAGGGAGCAGCAGCCCGGACAAGAAAGUGGCGAGGGUUGGGCUGAUUAGCCAUGUUGGAGGACACAAAUUCGCUGGUAACGUGAUCAUCUAUAUCCCGCCUGGUUUUACGAAUGCAAAGGGCGAGAAACAUGCCUUGGCGGGAUGCGGGGUUUGGUACGGGAGGGUUGAGCCGAAACAUGUGGAGGGACUUGUGGGAGAGACGGUGAUGGGAGGACGGGUGGUGGAAGACAAGUUUCGGGGAGGCAUUGAUGCACAGAGGCGGAUAUUGAGGUUCAGACCCCCUCAACGGCCUCAAAGUCUCCAUCACCCAGAGCAAGACGUCGCCGCCGACCAUCAUCGCCACCGUCAAGAACACCAACUCGCACCUCGUCACCAUCGCGGAAUACCAACCGUUCCUAUUCUCAUCACCACCGCCAUCCUCGGCGGCUCCAUCAUCUACUACUCCACCACUUCUUCCAAACCAACCCUCCUCAAUGCCGACUACUUCGCCCCUUACACAAUAACUUCUCGCGAAGCCGUCUCGCCUACAUCAUUCGUCUUCACAAUCUCGCCUCAGCACCAUAACCCUUCUCUCCCAUAUCUCACUCCCGACACAUCUUCAUGGCGCUACCCCCAAUGGUCUGUCGAGUUCAAACAGCCCCAAGUCCAAAUCGCCCGCCACUACACGCCACUACCGCCUCUGGAUGGCGAGGAUCCUUCAGAUGGAAGACUUAGAUUCUACGUGCGUGCCAUAGGAGGCGGCGAAAUGUCCCACUAUCUUAGCCGCCUCCGUGUAGGCCAUGACGUCUGGUUACGAGGACCGCAUAUCGGAUUCGAUAUCAUGGCAAGACUCGGCAACAUGAAGAAAGUCGUUUUUCUGGCUGGCGGGACAGGCGUCGCCCCAGCAAUGCAAGUCGCUCAGGCAGUGUUGGAUCAAAGCCCGGAAGCACACGUGCAUCUCCUCUGGGCGAUAAGAAAGAGAGAAGAGCUACAGCGUGCCAACGGCCCGGCGAGAAGACGGCCGGCGUGGUGGCAGUUUUGGUCUUCAGAGAGUAACCAACUGGUAGAACUGGAUUCUCAAUUGCAAGAUCCCAGCCCUGUGGCGCGACAGCUCAAAGCCAUGAAGAACGCAUACGGCAAGCGGCUGCAUAUCCAAGUCGCCAUUGACGACGAACAAACGCAGUUCCGUGAGUCAGACCUUCAAAAGGCCAUCUCAUCGGGGAACCACCAAGGUGUCUCACCCAUCGCCACUCCCGGAUGCCGUUUACACGACUCUUCAGCGCUGGAAUUGGCUCCCGAAUUCGAGGCUCCUGCAGCAGCUGAUGACUGUAAAUGCGGUGCUGGAGCUGGGAAGAAUCUUUUUGUGAUUUCCGGCCCGGAUGGCUUUGUCGCUCACUACUCGGGUCCUAAGAGAUGGCUUGAAGGGCAGCAGAUUCAGGGUCCGGUGGGAGGUAUUGCAGGACAGCUUCAGCGAAAAUAUCCAGGGCUAGCGAACGAAUGGCUGGUGCUGAAGCUGUAG